AUGGCCGCCCCCAAACCGGGCGGCUUCAAGAUGUCGCUAGGGGCACUGAAGACAAACCCAGGGCUGAAAUCGUCUCCCGCGCAGAGAGAUACUAAAAAGACUAAGCUUCUGCUCGGCGACGACGAACCGGACGAUUCGAACACGCAACAAGAGAUUACAGGAUGGGACGCAGCAGAGGGCGGCGCGCUCGAUGCCAACGGGAAGAAGGAGAAGGAGGCACCGCGCAUCAUUCAAGCUCUGCCAAACCGCGAUUGGCGCGCAGAGGCCCGACGGAAACAACUUGCGAAAGCGCCCCAUCAACAAGCGCAGAAUGUAACCGUCGACAAGAGCAAGAUGGAAGAGCCAAAAGUGCAAUAUGGACUUACCAUUAUCAAGAAGGACGAGGCGCAGGAAAACGGAGCUGCAGAAACUGAAGUGCCAGAACCAAUGGAGGUGGAGCAGGACAAUCUUACGGAGGAGCAGCGACUUGAGAAGAAAGCUCUCGAUGCGCUAGUCAGCGGCAAAUCCACCGACAACGACCUCGUCAUUCCCGUACAGACGGAAGAAGAAACGUUCCUAAAUGAUAUCCACAAUGCGCCCGACGCUCCCACCCUCGAAGCCUACGAAGCUACACCAAUUGAAGGAUUUGGCGCGGCUUUGCUUCGCGGCAUGGGCUGGAAAGACGAGGAAGCAAUUGGUAAGAACGGCGUUGCUGCGAAACCAAAAGAAACCAAACGGCGACCGGCGCUACUUGGCAUAGGUGCAAAGGAUGAUGCUGCUAUAGGCGUAGAGCUUGGAGAAUGGGGUGGUGGAAAAGGCAAAGGGAAGAAAGUCGCGCAGAGCUACAACCCCGUUACGCUGCGGAAUAAGAAUACUGGCGAGAUUAUCACAGAAGAGGAGUUGAAGGCGAAACUUGAAAGCCAGAGCAUGAUCCCGGAUGAGAAGCCGUCGAGAAGCAAGAGCAAAUACGACGACGAUAGCGAGGAAGAUGAGCGAAGGCGUGAAAAGCGGAGAGAGAAGCGAGAUGACCGCGACCGCGACCGCCGACGUGACGAUGACUAUGAUAGCGAACGGAGGAAGGACAAGGACCGUCGAAGAGACAAGGAUGACUACUACGACAGCGAUCGCCGCCGAGACAAACGAAGAGAUCGAGCUCGAGACGACGAAUACGAAAGCGAGCGCAGGCGCGAGAAGCGAAGAGAACGUAGUCGUAGCCCCGACGACCGAAAGGAUAAACGCCGUGAUCGGUACCGCAGCAGAAGUCGGGACUCGAAGCGGAAAAGCGACCGGAAAGACCGUAGUCGGAGUCGCGAUUCUGACGAUCGCAGGAAACGGAGGAGAGAUAGGGAGUAUGAGGAUGAUGGGAGGUAUGAGAAGAAGAGGCAUAGGGAUGAUAAGUACUACAAGUAA